AUGAAGACUAUUGCCGUGUUCGCCGCCGCCCUUGCCUGCGCCAGCAGCGCUCUCGCCCAGAAUGAACAAUACUACAACCUGGUCGCCUCCGCACCCGGCGAGACUUUUGACGGCGAGGCCUUGGAGCCCCUCGGCCGCCACUGGCACAUCGGCAUCCAGGCCAACUCCUCGUGCGGCGACGCGACCCCAGCGGUCGCACUCAUCGACGAGGCGAUCGCAGUGUACAACGACGGCACAUCGCACCAGCAAUACGCAUACGUCGACAUUUCCGGCGCGGCCGACGGCCUUCUGGCCUUGACCCCGGCGGGUACCCCGGGCGGGGCUCCCAAGGGGCCCUUUGCCCUGAUGGGCGCUGAGCAGGACCAAAUCUACCUGUACUACAACGGCGCCGACGCCGCCGACAGCCAGUGGCUGGCCUGCCCGGGCGAGGCCGAUGGCGAGUUUUGGGUCUACCCGGAGCAAGCCUACGCCAAGUCGGUGGGCAAGGACCAGUGCACGGUGUUCCGGGUUAACGCUCAGCAGGUCGAGCAGCCCACUGAGUCCUGCAUAUUCUACUAG